AUGAAGAUCAUCUCCUGGAACUGUAGGGGUAUUGUCAAUGGUCGUGUGCAGAGGCACGUCAAAGAGCUUCUUAUCGCGACCAAAGCCGAUGCCUGUUGCCUCCUCGAGAUUCGAUCGGCUAAGGCGGAUAAAAUGAUCCGCCAAGCCGCUAACCUUGGUUUUAAUAAUCAUUUUCUGGUUGAGCCUAUUGGUUUUGCAGGUGGUCUUCUCCUUUUCUGGAAUCGGAGUCUGGUUGAGCUUGAAGUUAUUAGUCAUAGCUCGCAAGCUAUUCACAUGAAAGUGAAUAACCUUCCGAAGGAUUGUUUUAUCACCUUUGCUUAUGUCAGACCUAAUGUUUUAGCCAAGUGCAGGUUUUGGGAUAAUUGUAAAACUUUUGCUACCAUCGCUCAAGGCUCCUGGGUUGUUAUGGGGGACCUCAACGACAUUGCCACCGAAGAAGAGCAAUGGGGUAGCAACUCCGUUAACGGCAACAACCUUCAACGGUUUAUUGAUGCCUACAGUGAUUGUGGGCUUAUUGAUCCGGGCUCUACAGGUCCCAAGUUUACGUGGUGUAGGCAGGCUGGUAAUAGAGUCAUACAAAUGCGGAAACUGGAUAGAGCUCUCUUUAAUAUUAGGGCACAACUGGAUUUUCCGAAAGCCAAAGUGAUGGUGCUCCCCCGGUUGUUUUCUGAUCACAACCCUAUCAUGUUUAUUGAUGAGGCAGGUAACCCUCCUAGCAGGAACAGUCGCCCGGUCCGGUUUGAAGCUGCAUGGCUGGAACGUGAUGACUAUAAACUCAUCUGGAAAGAGGCUACAAAUGAUGUCAGCAGACCUAUUCACGACAUCAUUUCUAUGGUUACUAGCCAAAGUCUGUUUUGGAACAGGAAUGUCUUUGGCAACAUUUUCAGUCGUAAGAGAACUCUUGAAAAUAAAAUUAAAGCGAUCCAGAGUGACAUUAAUUAUGCCUCGUCGAGUGUCCUCCAAUCCUCUGAGAGACACCUGAUUAAGCAAUUAAACGAUGCACUGGACCAAGAAGAAAUGCUUUGGUUUCAGAAGUCGCGGAGGGACUGGGUUAGAGAUGGCGAUCGGAACACUCGGUUCUAUCAUAACUCGGCAUUAAUUAGAAGGAACAGGAAUCGUACCAGGUUUCUCAAGGUAGAGGGAAGUUGGACUGAUGACCCCGCCAUUUUAUCUAGUCACAUUACUAACUUUUUCUCUUCUCUUUUCUGUAGGGAUCCUAAUGGCCCCGAUGACACUUUGCCCCCCAUUGAUGAGGCUCGAAAAAUCUCAAGGGCACAAGCAGAUUCCCUGGUUAGACCAGCGUCUCUUGAUGAAGUUAGAAAAGCAAUUAUGGGCAUGAAGAAUUUCGAAAGCCCCGGACCUGAUGGGAUCCCCGCGCUGUUCUACCAGCAUUUUUGGAAUGAGGUCGGUAUGGCCCUAACUAAUAUGGUUAAUCAAGCCCUGGCCACUGGUACCGUCAAUAGAUCCCUCCUCCAUGCUUAUAUGACACUUAUCCCUAAGAAAGAAACUCCUGAAUCGGCGGCGGAUUUUCGCCCUAUCACUCUCUUGAAUGUGGCUUUCAAGGUUAUUUCUAAAGUUCUGGUGAAUAGAAUGAGACCGAUCAUGUGUAACCUUAUUGGGCCCCAUCAGAAUAGUUUCUUACCGGGCCGCUCCACUCAAGAUAAUAUCAUCCUUACUCAAGAAGUGGUUCACACUAUGAACAGAAAACGAGGAAAGAAAGGGUACAUGAUAGUUAAAGUGGACCUCCAGAAAGCUUACGAUAGUGUUGCCUGGUCGUUCCUGGAGUCGACCCUGGUGGAUUUUGGGUUUCCGAGACAGAUGGUGGAACUCAUUUCUUUCUCCCUCCGAGAAAGUGAUAUUUCCAUACUUUGGAAUGGAAGGAAGCUCCCUCCAUUCAGCCCGGGGCGAGGGCUGCGUCAAGGGGAUCCCUUGGCACCGUACCUCUUCAACCUUGUCAUGGAGAGACUAGCAUAUGAAAUCCAAUCCAAAGCUAAUGCCGGCCGGUGGAAACCUACCCGCAUUUCGAGAGGGGGCAUUGGCAUUUCCCAUCUCUUCUUUGCGGACGAUCUCAUGCUUUUUGGCGAGACUUCGGAAAGACAAGCCAACAUCAUGAAGGAGUGCCUCAAAAACUUCAGUAGGGCCUCAGGCCUUCAGGUAAAUCUCUCUAAGUCUCUGGUCUACUGUUCCCCUAAUGUUAAUGCAGGUACAAAGAAGAUUAUAGGCGAUAAGUUGGGCUUUCCCCUAGCUUCCAAUCUCGGUUCGUACCUGGGAAUCCCGAUGCUCCAACAACGGGUGUCGCGGACUACGUUCACCAAUGUGCUUGAUAAAAUGAGAAGAAAGUUGUCCACCUGGAAAGCCAAGUCUCUUAGUAUAGCGAAUAGAAGAAUCUUGGUGCAGUCCUCCUUGUCAACGGUUCCUACUUACUCAAUGCACUCAAUGGCGCUACCAGUAAGUACUUGUAACGACAUCAACAAAAUUUGUAGAAACUUUCUGUGGGGACACGAUGAAAGUUCUAGAAAACUACAUACCGUUAGUUGGUCCGAGGUGUGCAAACCCCGCGAUGCAGGAGGACUGGGCCUUAGACGAGCUCGAGAUUUUAACUUGGCCUUCUUAACCAAGUUGGCUUGGCAAGUGUCCUCCAACCAGGAUAAACUCUGGGUCAGAGCUCUCUGUGACAAGUAUGUUAAAGAUGGAGAUUUUCUUCAAAUCCAGACCAGUCCUAAUAGCUCUUGGGGGUGGCGAAGCAUCCUUAAAGGCAUAUCUAUUUUAUUGGAAGGCUCCAGAUGGAAAAUAGGACAGGGUGACUCUAUCAACUUCUGGCACGACAAGUGGCUUCUUCCUGAUGAGCUAGUUGACAAGAUUCGCGCAAUUCCUCUCCCUGUCACAGACAAUCAGGUAGACUCUAUUACCUGGCCUUAUUCUACCUCUGGUGUUGUUUCGGUUGCUUCGGCCUUUUCUUUCGUUGCAGGUCUUGACAGCGAUGACACCUCACAUGAGUGGAUUUGGCGCCUCCUUUGUGCUGAAAAGAUAAAAAUUUUCCUUUGGAAAAUCUCCAAGAACGGCCUCGUAACCAACGCGGAGCGGACGAGACGGGGGCUGGCGGCGGAGGCCGAUUGUCCAUGUUGCGGGUUUCAUGAAGAAUCCCUUGAUCACAUUUUCAGACAAUGUGUUACGGCGCUGGAAUGCUGGGGUAAAUCUUCUCCACCAACAUGGUUCACAGCUGCAAACCAUCUUCCCCUCUCUGACUGGAUAAAGAUGGCGUGCACAAGAUUUACCGGAGAAGGACAAAAAGCGAGUUGGAGUUUAGAUUUCCCUUACAUUCUUUGGCAUAUCUGGCUAGCACGGAACAACGUCGUCUUCAACAGAGUGACUACUCAUACUGACGAGAUUCUCAGACGGGCUGCGUGUGAUGCAAUGGAGCACGGCUUCGUCACUCUCAACACGGAUGGUUCAAGAAAAACGUCGACAAGGCUGGCGAGUGCAGGUGGGUUAAUUCGCGAUCACAACGGCACUUGGCUAGUAGGCUUCAUUGCCAAUAUUGGCACUACUUCUAGCUUUGUUGCGGAGCUUUGGGGCAUCAGAGAAUGCCUCCUCAUCGCCAAACAGCGGAACUUCGAAAGAAUUAUCGUGGAAACGAAUUCAGAGACUGCUUGUCAAGCCUUGAGGGAGAGUCAGACUAACAGUACCAAUGAGCAUACUUUAAUCUUGAUUGCAAAUCUCUCAUUGGGCAGUUUAGCAACAUCAAGAUCAUUCACGUAUUCCGCGAAGGGAAUCAAUGUGCCGAUCGACUGGCUAAUUGGGGUCACGGCGGUCCAUGGGGUACAACCAUUUUGGAGGAACCUCCGGAGGGUUUACGGGAUCUUCUUCUUCGUGAUUCGCAAAGUGUAG